AUGAAGCGUGCGCACGUCUGUGCUUCCAUGGGGCGAUCCUUUUUGGCAUGGCUUCUGUUGACACAUCUUGGUGUGUCUUCCACGAAGGAGUCCACAGAUGACCUGCGGUCCUUUUUGGACCAACUGCACAGGAGACUUUCGGAACAGCUCGAGGUACAACAGCAGCAGCAGGAGAGCAGGCAUGCUUGGUGCCACAAGAACCUUCAGUUCCUCGCAGACGAGGGCAAGCACGCUGAAGGCAUCAUCGAGAGUCUGCGUGGCACCAUUCGGAAACUGAAGAACACCAAGGAUGAGAACAUCUUGCUGGUGCAGCUCACGGAGGAGGCGAAGGGCAACGCGACAACACAGAGCCAGGAGCUCGCCCUGCAGCUUUCCACGAAGGCGCAGCUUGCCGAAGCUCAGGAGCGGCUGAAGCUUCGAGGUGUGGCUUCGUCAGCAACUCAUCGCUUGGCAGCAGCGUUGAGGCAAACCUGUGAGGCCGCGGAGAAGCGGAGUGCAGCACAGCAGAAGGCUCUGCAAGAUCAGAUCUCCUUGCUGCGGACCUCAACAGAGGCCAUCUCUGCGGCAGAGGCGCUCCAUCGGAUUGACGAGUCGAAGGUCAGCUCGAGCCUGGGUGAGGUGAGUUUCCUGCAAAUGACAUCCGAACGUGCUGCAGAGAUUCCUGACCUCCUUUCCCUUUUCAGAAGGCCAGAGCCUGCGAACAGCGAGGACCUGGAAGAGCUUUCCCUACCUUUCCAGUCAAGGCCAAACGAGGCUCAUAUGCAGGAGGUACUCCCCGCAAUGCCCCAGGAGCAACGUCCGAGAGUAGUGGAGCUUCUCGCCAAAAUGCAGAGUGACGAUUCCUUGGAGCGUUCCAAGAAAAUGACAUGGUGCGGCGAGGAGCGCCAAAGGGAGAGAAGUAGCCUUGAAUCGGCACGGGCAUCGGCGAUGCUGUUCAGUGCAGAUGCCCGCGCACAUGAGCACAUCAAGGCUCAGCUGCAGGAUGAGCUGGACCACAUCCAGAAGACAAGCGAGAAUUGCGAUGGGGCCCUACGCACUAUCCUCCACGAUGCCACCAAUGUGUCCCAGGCCUUGGAUGGCACAAGGCAGGACGACGCCGUCGCUGCCAAGGUGCUGAACAAGGCUCUGGACGGCCUCACAAGCCUUCGAGACCAAUGGUGGGGUCACGAAACGAACAACCCAGUUGUCACCGCCAUGACGUCUUUGUCUGGCGUGAAACAAUCCUUUGAGGCCCAAGCAGAGGCGUGCGAAGGUCUGCAGAAAGAGUCGGCAGAAUCUGCCAAGACGGUCGCCGGAUGUGCCCGUGACCUCUUAGCAGCGCUGGAUGCAGAGGGGCGAAAGCUGGAGCUCAUGCGUGACUUCUAUGCGAAGCGACAGAGACGAAGCACGUCGAUGAAGGACGUGUACAACUCCCAGGUCAUGUCAGCCGAGGCUUAUUUGAGAAACCUGGAUCAAUCAUGCGGCACGGGCGUUCUGGAGCAGCAGUCACAUGAGACACAGGCGGAUGUGCGUGCAUUGAACGAUGCUGAUAUGGUCUUCAACGGCCAACCGAUCAAGGCUCCACAUCUUCUGCGGGGGUCUUCGAAGAGCCUGUCGCCAGUGCAAGAAGCCGCACUGGCAAUGGGGGUUUCGAUCGACUGA